UACUAGUAGUGGAAUAUUUACUUGAGAAACAUCUAACCAAUGCCAGUAAUCCCACAGUCGUUUCGAAGAAGACGAUAGAUAAAAAUAGGAGUUGCUGCAGACCUAGGAUUAUUUGAGCCAUCAUGCAGCCCUUGGCGAGUUUGAGUGCACCAGUGCAGCGGUACCAUCGCGGUGUGGUAGCUUGCUGCACGCUGCUCGUUCUUCUCUGUGUAACAUUGGCGCACGGCCAAGACAUUGAUCAUGCCGAGCUACCACAACCGGAUCAUCUGUCCAGGGUGGCGCAGCGUCGCGGCACGCCGGAGCGCGCGACCUCCGCCGCGGAGUUGGGCCCGCACUACGAGCGACACAUGAUGUUCAGGCACGUGCAGCAGGAGCAGCGCAUCCGAGAGUGGCACGAGCUUCUCCGCCAGCGGUCGGCGGAUCGCAGCAUGGUGCAAAGGGCAAGCUGGGGCGAGACUGUGCGGCAGGCGGUGGACGGCGCAACUGACCCGGGUGAUAAGCAGGUCCUCCUGGACCUGUACGAGAGUACGGGCGGACAGGACUGGACCAGUAACAAGGGCUGGGCGAACAAGACCUCAGAUCCAUGCAGCGUACCAUGGACUGGCAUAUACUGCCAGAACAACCGCGUCGCCUCCAUAGAGAUGGUGUACAACAACUUGGCCGGACCUCUACCCCAGUCGCUCGGCAAGCUGACGGCCCUGCAGCAGCUUGUACUCUACUCCAACCUGAUCACGGGCGAACUUCCCUCCGGCUUGUUUGAUCUUCCGGCGCUGGUCGAACUGGACGUCAACAACAACCAGCUGACGGGUACACUACCGAGCCGAGUCACAGCCAAGUCACUGCAGCAUCUAGUGUUGUACACGAAUAAGUUCCGCGGCCCGCUGCCCACCGAGUGGCAUGCACCGAACAUGCAGACGGUUGAGCUAUCCAGUAACUCGUUUACGGGCCCGGCGCCGGACGGCUUUGGCCUGAUGCCCUCGUUGAAGGAACUGGUGGUGUCGCGAAACAACCUUUCUGGGCCAUUCCCCGCGUCCUGGGGCUCCCUGCACAACCUGACCCAGCUGUGGACAUUCGACAACACGCUGAAAGGCCCGCUGGAUAGCAGCUGGGCGAAGAUGCGCUCUCUGCAGAACGUGGAGAUGGACGGCGUGACGGGAGAGAUGCCUAGCUGGAUCGGCGACUGGAACAAGCUGACGUUGUUCAUCCUUGCCCGCGGAGCCAUAUCUGGCGUGCUACCCGACGGUAUCUGCAAGCUGAAGCGAGUGCAGACCCUGUGGCUCUUCCUGAACUCGAUGAGCGGCCAGCUGCCAUCAUGCCUGGGAGACCUGAACAGUGUGCAGCAGUUGGAGUUGUCGGACAACCACUUCAGCGGCGCAAUACCGCAGUCUGUUGGACAGCUUGGCCAGCUGCAGUACCUUUACCUCUCCAGGAACUCUCUCUCCGGCGAACUGCCGUCCAGCCUUGGCGAUCUGAAGAACUUGCAGAUCAUGGACUUGAGCAGUAACGAGAUCGUCGGUGCCAUACCGGAGUCAUUCAACAAGCUAGCAGGUAUCAUGGUCAACUGGGCGCUGUGCUACAACAAGCUGAGCGGCCCGCUCACCGAGACUCUGCAACCACUGUUCAAGGCAAUCAGCCAGUUCACGUGCGCGCUCUACAACAACCCAUGGCAGUGCCCCAUCGAGACCGUUGUUCCCAAGGAAUGCGACUGCGUCUGCGACACCUGCAACAGCGCCGCCAACCGCCAGAGCUGCAGCAAGUGCGUCGCCAGCGGCGACGGAUGCGGCUUCUGUCAGGACGGCGAGUCGUGUCUCCAUGGUGACCAGCGAGGCCCGCAGGACUACACCUGCUCAAAGUGGGACUUUGGCACGACGACCAAUUGCACUGUCGAAGUGUAGGGGAUCGUAACCUCGAGUAGUAAAAUACCGGUAUUUUACUACUCCCUGCCUUCUACCCUUUGCUCCGUAUUUCCAGUAUAAAUACAAUUCAACAUGUCCUCACCACAUUAACUCUGAAUUCCCCGCAAUUAUCCACUAUUCGGACACUUCCCACCCGUCGAAUUAUUCAAAGUUUCAAACGCAAUGUGCUCCUUUGAAGUAGUUGCGAAACACACUACAUCUGGUCCUGCCUGUUGUUGAUCUCUUUCUAUUUGCUAUUUGGGACAUUUCGGUGUGCAACCACCAACGGCUU